GAACCCGGAAGUGAAUGCAGGUCACUCUCACACGUUUCGUUCUUCUUCGGCGGUGAUGCCGAACCAGAUCUCCUACCUGGGAUGGAUUUAGAAGACGCUUUUCAAGUUGUCGGCGAGUUUGGACCCUACCAGAAGCGGGCGGUGGCCGUCCUCGUCCUGACGCAGUUGUACAUGGCCUGUCAGUCCAUGCUGAUCGUUCUGGUUGGAUCUACACCCGAGUAUCGGAUCGAGCAGGAGAAGAGCGGCGGCGUCCCGUCCGGUCAGCAGGAGCUCCUCCAGCACGUCACCUUUACAGAGAACAUCGACUCCAUAGUGACCGAGUGGUUCCUCAUCAAGCAUCAGGCCUAUAAGGUCAGUCUCGCCGGAUCGCUGUUCUUCGCCGGGCUUCUGGUUGGGAACGUCGUCUUUGGGCCGCUGUCCGACAAGAUCGGCAGGAGACCUGUUUACCUGACAGGUCUGUUCUUUGAGGUGAUCUUUGGUUAUGUGACCGCGUUAGCGCCCAGCUACGAGGUGUUCGCCGUGUCCCGCCUCCUGGUGGGGCUGAUGAACGGCGGCAUCGGCCUGGUCUGCUUCGUCCUCACCCAGGAGUAUGUGGGCAAGUCGUACUGGGCCAUGACGGGGACGUUGACCAGUAUGACGUUUGCGGUCGGUAUCGCUCUGUUCGGAGCUCUGGGUUACUUCAUCCGGCCGUGGCGGAGCCUGGCCACAGUGGCCAACUCGUCGGGCGUCCUGUUCUUCCUGCUCUCAGUCACUCUCCCAGAGUCUCCUCGCUGGCUGUAUUCUCAGGGUCAGACAGAACGAGCUGAAGAGGUCCUGCGCUACAUGGCGCUGAGAAACGGCAACGCGGCCAACCGCCUCAGGCUGCAGCGGGUCGGCGGCGCCGCCAAAGCCGGUAACCGUGACAACAGGGGCGCGGGCGUCCUGCAGCUGGUGAUUCACCCAGUCCUCAGGCUGAGGACCAUGGUGCUCAUGUACGUCUGGUAUGCGUGCAGCCUGGUGUACUACGGUCUGACUCUCGGGGCCAGUGAGACCUCAGGCAGCCGCUAUGUUAAUGUCGCCAUGUACGGCCUGGUGGAGCUGCCCGCCUACCCGCUCUGCAUAUACUUCAUCAACAAGCACUGGGCUGGGAGGAGGAAAAGCAUGGCCAGCUUCCUGUGUCUGGCUGGCUCCGCCUGCCUCUGCACCACGUUCAUCCCCGAAAACACGGGAACUUUGCUUAGCGUCACGUCGUUGGCGCUUCUGGGGAAACUGAUGGUGAGCGCGGCGUUCAACAUCGCCUACGUCUACACCUCUGAGCUCUACCCGACAGUUAUCAGGAACGCUGGUCUGGGGGUGUGUUCAAUGUCGUGCAGAGUUGGAGGAAUCCUCGCACCAUUUGUUCCUUCCAUGCGGGCUCUCCACAGCUCCAUGCCCUUCACUGUGUUCUGUCUGAGUGGACUGUCCGCCGGCUGCCUCGGCCUCCUGCUGCCCGAGACCCUCAACGGACCUGCAGCAGAAACUCUGGAGGAGCUGAGCAGCCCGACCCGCGGCCGAGUGCUGGAGAGCAAGGCUCUUCUCUACGAAGACGACAAAUGGAAACCGAACCACAAGUGAAGCCGGCGGCCUCGUCUUCAUCACCGGAGCGGCUCAGAGCAGCGGCGUAGACGCACCUCGUUCCUCGUGGACGUGCCGCCUCAAAACGGUGAACUGUCCCUUUUUAAUUAACACGAAGGACCGAUCACCAGGUUCGCUUCUUACGUCCGUGAAUUGUGACGUUUCAAAAAUGAUGGCGGGGAGCCGUUGACCUUCAGGAAGAGGGUUCGAAGGUUCGACGGUUCCUCCUGUAUCUGACUUUACAGAAAAGCCAAAUAAUCAAUCCUCUGCCUUUUAAUUAAUAUUCCUGGAUAUUGUCGUGGUGUUUGUGCCUUAAUGGGUGGCGGACAGCCGGGACAGAUGUGAGACUUACGUGACUUUCAGGAGACGCUGGUAGUUGUGUGUGUGAAAAACACCAGCAACAAAUCAAAGUAUGGUUCAUUUCUACGACCACAGUGAACCAUAAAACCAGCGCUGGUAGCCAUGGGAACAAUCAUCAGCAGGACUUAAUGGAAGAUGGAAAAUUACAAUCUUAAUCACCAGAACAUGUUGAGGUCAGAUUUAAAGGAUUUAUAUGAUUCUAAAAGGUCCUGCUACACGUUCAGACCUGUGACACCGAAUCUAGACGCCAUACGCCUUAACCUGCUGAUCCAGUAGGACGCCUGCUGUUGUCUUUGCUGUGGUGGACGGUUGAGGAACUGUAUGUAAAGCUGUGGUUUGUGCGUUGCAGGUAGAAAGGCAGAUGGUUUGAUCAGGACGUGUAGAAAAGGUCGGGUGGGUGAAAACAUUUCUGAUGACCUCACGGGUCUUUAGUCGCAGUGCUUGUGCGGCAUGAAGGUACGGUCGCGUCGGUGGGAGCUCGUAGAGUUCACCUCCGUUCACCUUUUUGAUUGGUGGACUCUCACUGAUAACCAACAGAACCAGUGAUCCACCGCGCUCGAAAAUGGAGAACUCAUUAUUUUAGACCACAAACUGCCGCAUCACUCUCUCAGAUUUUUCACUUUGUGAUUGACAUGACAAUCACAACCUUUUCUGGGGCCGAGAGCCGGGCAGAUUCGUCAGACGGAAAUCUAACAAGCUACUCAGCUAAGAGAUGCAGUCUUUUGAGGAAGCUGAGUUGUCAGUUUCAUGGCGUCUUUAAUGCAGAGACAGUGACAUGUGACAGGACGGCGCAGGAAAGCUCAUGAAGAAAGUCAACAGUUGGGUAGAAAAGGGCAGGUACGACUUCAAACCUCGACACUGGGACUCACCUGUUGAGUGUUGGAGCUGAUGCCGGUAUUAGUUGCGGGGAAUUCUUCAGCACGAACGAAAUGACAGUGACGUGGACUCGAUGUGGUAUCAAGAGUGUGCAGCUCAGUUGUUGUUAUCAGGUGUGAUGAUCAACCUGAACAGAACACAGAGAUAACGUGUUUCUCCAUCGGACUGAUAUUGUCAGUUUCCAGCUGAUUAGAGAAGCUGGUGACAACGGGACCGACACCAUCACAGUCGAGGAAAAACUUGUGCUUAUUUAUCUUCUCUGAUAUCGAGGUCCUUGAGCGUUUGUUUGUGUGUGUGGUGGUCGCUGCAGUUGGAUUAAAACUGUAUCUGUCAGUAAAUUAAAAGACUCGGACACAAAAAAGAAGAAGAAGAAGUUUUGCAAGAGGUUCUGGUAACUGCAGGAGGAAGGUGGAGUCUGUAAAAAUAAACCAAGCGUUUCGUGGUAGCGGUUGCACAUAUCUUUUAUUAUUGUUGACGUGAGCAACAAAGUCGUCGUCAGGUUCAUGAAAAGAUACAAGGACACGUCAGUUUACGCAUUAAUAAAUAACCAUGUGUCAACAGAAAUAGUAAUCAUGAAUCAAUAAUCAAUCAAACUGUCACUGAGAGACGAGGCUUGAACUGAAAUGGCUGUAACACCCCUCAACCCCAGAAGGAUUUAAAUGAGGUUCCCCAUGUGACAACAGAUGGAAACACUUCUGUGCCUUUAACACUGAUGAAGCUGAUAAACUUUGGAUGUGGAUUGUUAAAAUGAAAAAUCUUAUUUGAUAUUAUUGGUGUAAACUUUGGCUAAGAUGUUUUAAAUGCAGUCAUUUUGUAUUGUGUUUACAAUCACACUAUUAUGUAGAUAUACUGUACUGUAUUAUAAUGAUAUCUAAGUGUGGUUCCUUUAAACUGUAAUAUUAUCUAUUUAUGCUGAAGGAAGUAAACAGUU